CGAGCUUCUCGGCGACCGCGCGUGGUUGCGUUGCCCGGGCUUGAGCCGGCGUUGGCAAAGAAGUAAUGUCAACUGUCUACCCGGAGCGAAUGAGCCCAGGGGGAGCCAUGGAGGGCCAGAGCGUGGAGGAAUUGCUGGCAAAGGCGGAGCGGGACGAGGCAGAGAAGCUGCAGCGCAUCACGGUGCACAAGGAGCUGGAGCUGGAGUUCGACUUGGGUAACCUGCUGGCCUCAGACCGGAACCCCCCGACGGGCCUGCGGCGCGCGGGACCCACGCCGGAGGUUGAGCUGAAGGCCCUGGCGCGGGACAACACGCAGCUGCUCAUCAACCAGCUGUGGCAGCUGCCCACGGAGCGCGUGGAGGAGGCACUGGUGGCGCGGCUGCCGGAGCCCACCACUCGCCUGCCGCGCGAGAAGCCGGUGCCCCGGCCGCGGCCGCUUACUCGCUGGCAGCAGUUCGCGCGCCUCAAGGGCAUCCGUCCCAAGAAGAAGACCAAUCUGGUGUGGGACGAGGUGAGUGGCCAGUGGCGACGCCGCUGGGGCUACCAGCGCGCCCGCGACGACACCAAGGAAUGGUUGAUCGAGGUGCCCGGCGGUGCCGACCCCUUAGAGGACCAGUUCGCCAAGCGGAUCCAGGCUAAGAAGGAACGGGUGGCCAAGAAUGAGUUGAACCGACUGCGUAACCUGGCUCGCGCGCACAAGAUGCAGCUGCCCAGCGCGGCUGGCAUGCAUCCUACGGGACACCAGAGUAAGGAGGAAUUGGGCCGCGCCAUGCAGGUGGCCAAGGUCUCCACCGCCUCAGUGGGGCGUUUCCAGGAGCGCUUGCCCAAGGAGAAGGCCCCCCGGGGCUCCGGCAAGAAGAGGAAGUUUCAACCCCUUUUCGGGGACUUUGCAGCGGAGAAAAAGAGCCAGUUGGAGCUGCUGCGGGUGAUGAAGAGCAAAAAGCCUCAGCUGGACGUGACAAGGGCCACCAAUAAACAGAUGAGGGAGGAGGACCAGGAGGAGGCUGCCAAGAGGAGGAAAAUGAGCCAGAAGGGCAAGAGAAAGGGGGGCCGGCAGGGUCCUGGGGGCAAAAGGAAAGGUGUCCCGCCCAGCCAGGGAGGGAAAAGGAAAGCGGGCUUGGGAGGCAAGAUGAAUUCUGGGCCGCUUCCCUUCGGCGGCAAGAGGAAAGGAGGGCAACACCAAGGAGGAAAGAGAAGGAAAUAAUUUUCACCCUCGGACCCGUCUGUAAACCAAGAACUAUAUACUAAAUGUUAAAUUCUAGUUACGGAGGGGGCGGGGGGUUGUGGAAGAAGGGGACCGCUGCCUUCACUGAGCUUGAGGU